AUCCGGCGGAGGGUCUCCUGUGUCGGCAGUCAUCAUGGAUGACUAUCCCAUUCAGGGUCUGUUGGCCCUCUUUGUCUUGUGGGGCCCACUGUUCAGGUUCAUAUUCCCACUGGGGUUCGGACGCGCGUGCACAUCCCGCAUGAUGAUGCGAUCAGGAGCAGUGAAGCCAGGGCCCACACCUGCUGAGCAGGCAGAGAUUGACCGCCGGCAGGCAGAAAAGAAAAAAGAAAGAGAAGAAAGAAAGAAGAAGAAAGAAGAAGAGUUAAAGAAAAAAACCCGGUUAGAAGAAGAGGAGAUGAAGAGGAAGUUAAAGGAAAAGUGGGAACAGGAAAUAAAAGAUGAAUUGCAGACCAUUGAGGAAGAAGAAGAAGCCUCUGAAGAAGGGGGAGAGAGACUUAUCAGGCGGCGUGCAGAAAGUGGCGAGACAAGUGAGGUCCGGGGAGAAGUAUUUAUCAAGCCAUUGGACUGGUAUGACCAGUAUUCUUAUUCCAGUGACAAGUUAGAAGAGACAGAAGAAGAACGAGACACAUUCAUAGCAAGGCUAGCACUAGUAACAGAUCAAAGGGAGAGAGAACUGAUGCUGGAAGAAAAACACACUGAACUACAUAGCAAGAUGUUAGCGACAAAGCGCAAAGAGCUUGAUGAUAGAAAGAAGUUGCAAGCAGAGGGGGCGAGGUUACACAGCGAGCUGCAGGCACAAAGGGAAAAGCAAGCGGCUACUAAAGAAAAACUCGCCCUCCUAACUGAAACAGUUCUCCAUACGAAACAGGAAGUUGCUGCAAUCAAUAGGACCUUGCAGAAAGUUGAAACGAAUCAACUGAAAUUUGAAAAUGUGUGGAACACUUUUCUGCAGAAGUCCGCCAAGGACGUAGAUCUGCACAUUCAGUCCUAUAUCAACAAACUGGAUGAUCAUCUCACUCAAACCUUCACUCCAGCCGUGAUUGAGAGAAUAGUGCAGGGCAGCGGCGGAGGGGGAGGUGGUGACGGAGACGGGGAUGGAGGCGACGGAGAUAAGAAAGGAAAGGGAAGACGGCGAGAAGAAGGAGCUGGGACCAACAACAAAAUUAAAGUUAAAAUUUCAUGGACGUACACCGGCAAAAAGGAAGAAAGCGUGUUGCAUUGGAUGGCGGUUGUAGAGUCCUAUGUCUACGGACAACGGAUUCCCUAUUGGGAUAGGGUCUUGAUGGUCACUUCGUGCAUGGCCGGUGACGCGAUGAGUUUUGCCAUCUCGUUACAAAAGGAAGCAGGAUGUAGUUCAAUGGUAGAGUUUUCCCAACAAACCCAUAUUGAAGAUUUUCUCAAAGUCGUCAGGGAGAGGUUCGAAGAUAAGAAUCUCGCCCGAAGAACAGAAAUGUUAAUCUUGAACCUUCCUGACAGGAAAUGGAAAAGCACGUCAGCACUAAAAGCUACCAUGGAUGAAUUGCUACAGUGCACCGAACAUGGGUUAACCCCGGCUCAGGUUUUGAAUAGUUUUGCUCGCGCCUUACCUGAUCCCGUCCGAACUCAGUUAUAUCCCCGCACUAAAGAGGAGGGGAUGACCUAUGAAAAAUUUAGUAAGAUUGCAUUAGACCAUGCAGGAUUUCUGGCUGAAGCUAACUAUUGCCACUAUUGGAAAGAUCUGCAAGCGGGCAAAAGAUGGCAAAACCGCACCAUCUCAGGAUCAAUACCUGGGAAAGACAACCUCCUUCUGACCUUUGAAGAAGGAGGUGUCGAAUCACUUUCUUGGGACCAAAUAGACUAUGGUCUCGAUGAACCCAACAAACCGGUAGCUCAGGUGGGGAGUUACGCGGCUGUUGUAGCCCGCGGGGGAGGGCGUCAAGGAAGAGGGCAUGGCCGAGGAAGAGGUCGCGCCCGUGGUGGACGAGGAUUCGGCACCCAGAGAGGUGGUGGUGAAGGAAGCCACUACGUGGGAGGAAGGGGAAAUGGUCCCUCAUACGGUGGUCGUGGUUCUUACUCCACCUGGGGUAGAGGAAGAGGCUCAUGGUACAACAAGUGGGAUAAGCCAUACCCACCUCAUCCAGGCUUGCCGGAAGGAGAGCCUUGGAAAGAAUUGGGAAUCACAGAGAAAGUUUGGGCCGAAAGAAAAAAGGCAGAUCAAUGCCUCAAAUGUGGGGACCCCGACCACAUUGUCCCCUAUUGCCCUGAUUAUAGGGGGGCAAAAGAGAACAGCCAGUAGAGGUGUCAGUUGCCUCUACCAGAGCUUCGACUAUUGAAAAAUCAAAAUCCUCCCAGUCG